GACCGCCGACGGCCGUCUAAAUCGAUAUCAACAUGGCGCCGACGGCGGGACCGCGCUGUGCUCGUGGCGGUGAACGACGGUAUCGCUCAUGAACCGCCCUGGGAUCGAGCGCUGACCGGAGUCUGUGUUCGUCGCCCCGGGGCCCGUGCUAGCCGCCAUGCCGACCCGGGUCAUCCACAAGACGCUGGACGAGUGUCUGGCUCCGCGCCAGACUAUGGAGCACGGCCUCUUCCUGACCAGGAAGAUCAUCGGCAGCCAGCAGCUGAGCGCGUGUGACCCGUUCAUCCUGGCCGACCAUGUGGGUCCGAUCCGAUACGGAGCCGGAGAGGCGCUCGGAGUACCCGACCACCCUCACAGAGGUCUGGUAGUGGUCACCUAUGUGGUGGAGGGCGGCAUGCGUCACCAGGAUUCACUGGGGCACAACGGCGAGCUCCUGGCAGGCAGCGUGCAGUGGCUCACCACCGGGCGAGGGCUGGUGCACAGAGAACUGCCCAACGACAGCCUCCUGGCCAACGGGGGCACCUGGGAGGGUUUCCAGCUCUGGGUCAACCUCCCAGCCAAGGACAAGAUGAUGUGCCCCGAGAUGCAAGAGGUUCGUCCUGAAGACGUGCCAGAGUACAUAGACGAGCAGCAUCGGUUUGCCGUCAAAGUGCUCGUCGGACAGUACAAAGAGCUGCGCUCGCCGAUCCGGACGCACACCCCGGUGACGCUGCUGGACGUGCGGGUGUCGGCGGGCGGCGCGUUCAGCCUGGAGCUGGCCGCCGGCCACACGUGCUGGCUGUACGUGUGGCGCGGUGCCGGACAGCUGGGGCACGCCGAGCAGCGACCCGUCACCGCCGGACACGUGGCACGACUCAGCGACGAGGGACACGCCUUCCGCGCCGAGGCCGACCGCGAUCAGGAAAUGCGGCUUCUCAUCGGUUCUGGGGUACCUUUGAAGGAAUCAGUCUUCAAGUUCGGUACAUUUGUCAUGAGCUCCGUAUCUGAAAUUGAGCAGGCUCUGGAGGACUACCGCAGCGGUCGGCUGGGUCAGAUCACUGUGGGCGGCGGUCCGGCGCAGGCCGCCGGCUCGGCGGCGCUGCCCGGCGCCGCGCGAGGCCUUGAUCUGCUCAACCCUUUCCAGGGCGAGAUUGAACAGCUGGCGGUGGCCGAGGGUGAGGCACCGGCGCCGGGUCCGGCAGCCCUCUCUGACCCGGCUACGGCCCAUCUCACCAACGGGCAUCGCCACUGACCUAUUGCCUCCGAUUACCCAGCACGCUUUACGCCCCGGAGUGGUUAUCGGCCUUAUCUGAACCAGGCGAACUGUCUGUGUGCCCUGAAACCGACUCAACUUCUGGUCUGAGCUGCUUCCCUCGACCAUCCAUUUGUCCGGUAUGGGUACCAACACCGCCAGGAACAAGCACGUUUGAACAGAGCCGAGGCUCUCGUCUCAUGCUCUCCUGACCGAAGAGAACGAGUGCGGUUACAGUGCGUUAGCAAAUGCGCAGUGAGCUUAGCUAGAAAGGGAGCGCGUCCAAUGAUGAAGGUCUGGAUGCUUCCAGGGUACGACACCCUCAGAAGCAGACCACAGUAAACGUUAACUACGGUCUACACAGUACGAGUAUGGAGCCCAGGGACAUGUUGUUAUCAGGGCAGCGUGAAAGUGCACUCAUUGCUAUAUGUACGAUACGGAGCGCGAGACGCGCUCGUCUGUUGGAAAGGAGCGGACCUCACCUGUUCCGCGACGUUGGAAGGGCCGGCGGAGCCGGGCGAGCGUUACUUUCUGUCGUGAUAUGCUGCUGACGUGUGCGGUGUAUAACGCUUCGAUCCAUGAAUACACACCUUCAGCUGUCGUGCCGAUCUAGUCAUAUAAUACAAACUGAUUGCUAUGCACAGACCAGAAGA